AGGCGGGGCAUGAGCCGGGGGCCGCCCCCAUGAGGGUCCCUGGAGGGGGGCGCGCGCAGCAGCCACGGGGUCAUGGGGUCUCAAGUGUUGCAGAUCCUUCGCCAGGGGGUGUGGGCCUCGCUCACCGGAGGUUGGUUCUUCGAUCCACAUCAAAGCACCUUCUCCAACUGCUUCCACCUUUAUGUCUGGAUCUUCCUGCUCACCUUUCCAUUCUUGCUGUAUAUGGUCCUGCCCCCCAGCUUGAUGGUGGCUGGUGUGUACUGCCUCGUGGUGGCUGUCAUCUUUGCUACCAUCAAGACUGUGAAUUAUCGGCUGCACGCUAUGUUCGAUCAGGGUGAGAUUGUGGAGAAGCGCAACUCUACUAUUGGAGAGCAGGAGGAGGAGCCUGCCCAGGCAGACAGCAGCCUGCCCAGGGACCCUGGAGUGGAGAUGACAGUGUUUCGGAAAGUGAGUUCCACACCCCCAGUACGCUGCAGUUCUCAGCAUUCUGUGUUUGGCUUCAACCAGGUCUCGGAGUUGCUUCCCCGGAUGGAGGACGCUGGGCCUCUCAGAGAUAUCAAGGAGCUGGUGCGGGAGCAGGGCAGCAACAAUGUGAUUGUCACCUCUGCAGAUCGAGAGAUGCUGAAACUCAGCUUACAAGAGAAACUGAUUGGAGACCUUCCCCAGACACCCCCAGGAGCUAUCCCAGACCCCUGUCUCCCGAGCACGGACUCUUCAGAACGUUCUCCCCUGGCUGGAGAUGGAGCUCCCUGGAGUGGGAGCAAUGUGGCUGACACUCCCCUGAGCCCCUUACUGAAGGGAAGCCUCAGCCAGGAGCUGAGCAAGAGCUUCCUGACCCUAACCCGGCCUGAUCGGGCCCUGGUGAGGACCAGUAGUCGACGGGAACAAUGCUGGGGAGCCAGUGGCUACCAGCCCCUGGACCGGCGGGGCUCAGGUGAACCCACACCCCAGAAAGCCGGCUCCUCAGAUUCCUGCUUCAGUGGGACCGACAGGGAGACACUGAGCAGCUUCAAGAGUGAGAAGACCAACUCAACACACCUGGACAGCCCACCGGGUGGGCAGGCCCCCGAGGGCAGCGACACUGAUCCCCCGUCUGAAGCUGAGCUACCUGCCUCACCAGAUGCUGGGGUCCCCUCGGAUGACACACUGCGUUCCUUUGACACAGUUAUUGGAGCAGGGACACCACCGGGCCCUGCUGAGCCACUCCUGGUUGUGCGGCCCAAAGACUUGGCCUUAUUGCGGCCUAGCAAACGGCGGCCGCCCAUGCGAAGACACUCUCCACCUGGCCGUGCCCCUCGAAGGCCCCUUCUCGAGGGUGCAGGCUUCUUUGAGGACGAGGACACCAGUGAGGGCAGUGAACUGAGCCCAGCCUCCAGUCUCCGAUCACAGCGCUGCUACAGUACUGACAGCUCCUCUUCUACUUCCUGCUACUCCCCUGAGAGCUCUCGGGGUGCAGCAGGUGGGCCUCGGAAGAGGCGGGCUCCGCAUGGGGCUGAGGAGGGAACUGCUGUGCCCCCUAAACGGCCCUACGAGACCCAGCGGACGCCCAGUACUGCCAGUGCCAAAACACAUGCACGUGUGCUGAGCAUGGAUGGGGCUGGGGGUGAUGUCCUGAGGGCUCCCCUGGCUGGCUCCAAGGCCGAGCUGGAGGCCCAGGCAGGAGUGGAGCUGGCUGCAGGUGCUGGUGAGCCUGCUGGGCUACCUGCUGAGGCCUGCAGGGGACCUGCUGCCAACCAGCCUGGCUGGCGGGGGGAGCUGCAGGAGGAAGGUGCUGUGGGAGGAGCAGCCGAGGAGACAGGCAAGCGGGAGUGCACAAGCAAUGUGAGGCGGGCUCAGGCCAUACGAAGGCGCCACAAUGCGGGCAGCAACCCUACUCCUCCAGCCUCUGUCAUGGGCUCACCACCCACCAGCCUGCAGGAGGCUCAGCGGGGCCGUGCGGCCUCCCACUCGCGGGCACUGACACUGCCUUCUGCCCUGCACUUCGCCUCUUCACUGCUGCUCACCCGGGCCGGUGCCAAUGUACAUGAGGCCUGCACCUUUGAUGACACCUCUGAGGGUGCCGUGCACUAUUUCUAUGAUGAGAGCGGUGUGCGGCGCUCCUACACCUUUGGCUUGGCUGGAGGUGGCUACGAGAACCCUGUGGGACAGCAGGGGGAGCAGGCAGCCAAUGGGGCAUGGGACCGUCACUCACAUUCCUCCAGCUUCCACUCGGCUGAUGUCCCCGAGGCCACAGGAGGCCUGAACCUGCUUCAGCCAAGACCUGUAGUUCUGCAGGGCAUGCAGGUGCGCCGGGUGCCCCUGGAGAUCCCGGAGUUUGACCUGCUGGACCAGGACUCCCUGCACGAAUCCCAGGAGCAGACCCUGAUGGAGGAGGCACCGCCCCGUGCCCAACACAGCUACAAGUACUGGCUCCUCCCUGGUCGCUGGACCUCUGUGCGCUAUGAACGUCUUGCCCUGCUGGCCCUGCUGGACCGGACUCGAGGGGUGAUGGAGAACAUCUUUGGUGUUGGCUUGAGCAGUCUGGUUGCUUUCCUGGGUUACCUGCUGCUGCUCAAGGGCUUCUUCACCGACAUCUGGGUCUUCCAGUUUUGUCUGGUCAUUGCCUCCUGCCAAUACUCCCUGCUCAAGAGCGUGCAGCCUGAUGCAGCGUCUCCCAUGCACGGCCACAAUUGGGUGAUCGCGUACAGCCGGCCUGUCUACUUCUGUAUCUGCUGUCUGCUCAUCUGGCUGCUGGAUGCCCUGGGCUCAGCUCAGCCCUUCCCACCUGUGUCCCUCUACGGCCUCACACUCUUCUCUGCUUCUUUCUUCUUCUGUGCCCGAGACGUGGCCACUGUGUUCACCUUGUGCUUCCCAUUUGUCUUCCUGCUGGGCCUCUUGCCCCAGGUCAACACCUGCCUCAUGUACCUGCUGGAGCAAAUAGAUAUGCAUGGCUUUGGGGGCACAGCUGCUACCAGCCCACUUACUGCAGUCUUCAGCCUCAGUCGCAGCCUGCUGGCUGCUGCCCUGCUCUACGGCUUCUGCCUCGGAGCUAUCAAGACUCCUUGGCCGGAGCAGCACGUCCCUGUCCUCUUCUCUGUCUUCUGUGGUCUUCUGGUGGCACUGUCCUACCACCUGAGCCGACAGAGCAGUGAUCCCACUGUGCUGUGGUCUCUGGUCCGGAGCAAGCUCUUCCCCGAGCUAGAGGAGCGGAGCCUGGAGACAGCCCGGGCUGAACCCCCAGACCCAUUGCCAGAGAAGAUGCGCCAGUCAGUGCGCGAGGUCCUGCACUCCGACCUGGUGAUGUGUGUGGUGAUUGCUGUGCUCACCUUCGCCAUCAGUGCCAGCACGGUCUUCAUUGCCCUGAAGUCGGUGCUGGGCUUUGUGCUGUAUGCACUGGCCGGAGCCGUGGGCUUCUUCACACAUUACCUGCUGCCACAGCUCCGCAAGCAGCUGCCUUGGUUCUGCCUCUCACAGCCUGUGCUGAAGCCACUGGAGUACAGCCAGUAUGAAGUUCGGGGUGCUGCCCAGGUGAUGUGGUUCGAGAAGCUGUAUGCUGGUCUGCAGUGUGUCGAGAAGUACCUCAUCUACCCCGCCGUAGUGCUCAACGCUCUCACAGUGGAUGCCCACACGGUUGUCAGUCACCCGGACAAGUUCUGCCUCUACUGCCGGGCGCUGCUGAUGACCGUGGCUGGGCUGAAGCUGCUUCGCUCAGCCUUCUGCUGCCCACCCCAGCAGUACCUGACGUUGGCCUUCACCGUCCUACUCUUCCACUUCGACUAUCCACGCCUCUCCCAGGGCUUCUUGCUUGACUACUUCCUCAUGUCCCUGCUCUGCAGUAAGCUGUGGGACCUGCUGUACAAGCUGCGUUUUGUGCUGACCUACAUUGCCCCCUGGCAGAUUACCUGGGGCUCAGCCUUCCAUGCCUUUGCCCAGCCUUUUGCCGUGCCACACUCGGCCAUGCUGUUUGUCCAGGCCCUGCUCUCAGGGCUCUUCUCCACGCCACUCAACCCCCUGCUGGGCAGUGCUGUCUUCAUCAUGUCCUACGCAAGGCCCCUCAAGUUCUGGGAGCGUGACUACAACACUAGACGAGUGGAUCAUUCCAACACCCGCCUGGUGACACAACUGGACCGGAAUCCUGGCGCUGAUGACAACAACCUCAACUCCAUCUUCUAUGAGCACCUGACACGCUCACUGCAGCACACACUGUGUGGGGACCUGGUGCUAGGCCGCUGGGGCAACUAUGGCCCUGGCGACUGUUUCGUCCUGGCCUCUGACUACCUCAAUGCGCUGGUGCACCUUAUCGAGGUUGGCAACGGCCUUGUCACCUUCCAGCUGCGUGGCCUUGAGUUCCGGGGUACCUACUGCCAGCAGCGCGAGGUGGAGGCCAUCACUGAAGGUGUGGAGGAAGAUGAGGGAUGCUGCUGCUGUGAGCCUGGCCACCUGCCGCGAGUCCUGUCUUUCAAUGCUGCCUUCGGGCAGCGCUGGCUGGCCUGGGAGGUGACAGCCAGUAAGUACGUGCUGGAGGGCUACAGUAUCAGUGACAACAACGCCGCUUCCAUGCUGCAGGUCUUCGACCUACGCAAGAUCCUCAUCACCUACUAUGUCAAGAGCAUCAUCUACUAUGUAAGCUGCUCCCCCAAGCUGGAGGCCUGGCUGAACCACGAAGGCAUCGCAGCUGCCCUGCGCCCUGUGCGGGCCCCUGGCUAUGCUGACUCGGACCCAACCUUCUCACUGAGUGUGGAUGAGGACUACGACCUUCGCCUCUCUGGUCUCUCAUUGCCUUCCUUCUGUGCUGUGCACCUUGAGUGGAUACAGUACUGUGCCUCCCGGCGCAGCCAGCCCGUGGAUCAGGAUUGGAACUCGCCGCUAGUGACGCUAUGUUUUGGCCUGUGUGUGCUGGGCCGCCGAGCCCUGGGGACAGCCUCACACAGCAUGUCUGCCAGCCUGGAGCCCUUCCUCUAUGGCCUGCAUGCCCUGUUCAAGGGGGACUUCCGCAUUACAUCCCCUCGUGACGAGUGGGUCUUUGCCGACAUGGACCUGCUACACCGUGUAGUGGCACCUGGGGUUCGCAUGGCCCUCAAGCUUCAUCAGGACCACUUCACAUCCCCAGAUGAAUAUGAGGAACCAGCAGCCCUGUAUGAUGCCAUUGCAGCCAAUGAGGAGCGACUUGUCAUCUCCCAUGAAGGUGACCCAGCCUGGCGGAGUGCCAUCCUCAGCAACACGCCCUCACUGCUGGCACUACGCCAUGUCUUGGAUGAUUCCUCUGACGAGUACAAGAUCAUCAUGCUCAACCGGCGCCACCUCAGUUUCCGAGUCAUCAAGGUAAACCGGGAGUGUGUGCGUGGCUUGUGGGCUGGGCAGCAGCAGGAACUGGUGUUCCUUCGAAACCGCAACCCAGAGCGUGGCAGCAUCCAGAACGCCAAGCAAGCGCUCCGCAACAUGAUCAACUCCUCUUGCGACCAGCCACUGGGCUACCCCAUCUAUGUGUCACCCCUUACCACCUCGCUGGCCGGCAGCCACCCCCAGCUGCGGGCGCUGUGGGGUGGCCCUGUCAGCUUGGGCGCCAUUGCCCGCUGGCUCCUGCACAGCUGGGAGAGGCUUCAUAAGGGCUGUGGUGCCGGCUGCAAUAGCGGCGGGAAUGUGGAUGACUCAGACUGCAGUGGGGGUGGCGGCCUGACCUCCCUCAGCAAUAACCCCCCCUUGGCGCACCCCACGCCUGAGAACACAGCAGGCAGCAGCGACCAGCCUCUCCCACCAGGCCCUGGCUGGGGGCCACGACCCUCCCUGAGCAGCUCUGGUGAUGGACGGCCCCCUCCAUUGCUGCAGUGGCCUCCCCCUCGGCUCCCAGGACCACCCCCUGCCUCACCUGCUCCCACUGAGGGUCCUCGGCCCUCCCGGACCCCUGGCCCUGGUCUCCUCAGUUCUGAAGGGCCCAGUGGGAAGUGGAGUUUAGGGGGUCGAAAAGGUCUGGGAGGAUCCGAUGGAGAGCCAGCCUCAGGGAGCCCCAAAGGAGGCACCCCUAAAUCUCAGGCUCCUCUGGACCUCAGCCUCAGUCCUGAUGUCAGCUCCGAGGCCUCACCCCCCAGAGUAGCCCAAGACAUUCCUUGCUUGGAUAGCACUGCUGCUGAGAGUGGCACCCCCACUGGGGGUCCUGGUGACUGGCCUAUCCCUGUGGAGGAACGGGAGAGCCCAGCUGCCCAGCCCUUGUUGGAGCACCAAUACUGAGCGGCCCGGUGCCCACUGGAUUCCAUCCUAGGAUCAGUAACUCAGAUCCUUUUGGUUGCUUCUAGCCUUCUCUGUUGGACCGUGGACCUGAGUGGCUUUGGCUUCCUUCCUUGCCUGAAGCCUGACCUCCGGCUGCCUUAGUCGGAGUAUCAGAACUGAAUGGCCCAGACCUCUGAUCUUGACCCCUGAUCUCUCCUGAUACAUGGCCUGGGUCUCCCAAAAUGAGGCAGGUAGCCUCCCAGCCAGGCCCUAAAAGCCAAACCCAUGGGCUGGUCCCGCUUUGAGCCUGUGGCCAGGACUGACUCAUCCCCUGGGUCUGCACUGCUUGCAGAGCUGGUCCCCCAGGCCUGGACCUGGAGCUUGAAAUGUGGCAGGGGUUGUUUGUUUUCUUCUUUUUUCCUUUCUUUCUUUUUUUCUUUUUUUUUUUUUUUUUUUUUUUUUUUUUUUUUU